GCUACGGGCGAGGCGGGGGCUGCGGCCGCGGCCAUGGCCUGGCCCUGCAUCAGCCGGGUGUGCUGCUUGGCCCGCUUCUGGAGCCAGCUGGACAAGUCCGACCUCUCCGUACCGCUCACCAUCCACAACUACUCGGACAUCGAGGAGCAGGAGGACGGGCCGCCCCAGCGCGGCGGGCCCCCUCCGCGGGGCAGCGCUCGUCCGCCCGCCCCGGUGCGCCGCCCUCGGGACCCCACCGCCGGGAAGCCGAGCGAGCCCUUCGCAGCGGAGACCCAGUACCGGCGGGACUUCAGAGCGUGGCCCCUCCCGAGGAGGGACGACUUCCCCUGGGUCAGCGCCAGUAGCGGCGGCGGCGGCGGGAGGGACGGGGCCGCCCCCCAGCCCGCCCCGGGACGCGCCGCCUGCGCCCUGCCCGGCGGCGGCGGGAGAUCCGCGGUCGACGGCCCCGAGCAGCUCCGGCCGCGCUCGCAGGUGGAUGGCGUCCACACCACCUCCUACAGACAAGAGUAUCGCCCAUGGACUGGAGCAAAACCAUCCAAGCCUAUAAAGUCAAAGCAAGGUUUCAUUAUCCCAGAAGACCAUUUUGUUCAAGAGACAAGCUACAAGGCAGACUUUAAGAUCCCAGAGGUGAAGACCAGGUUCUCCCCCAACCCUUCUGCCGUUUUCCAGGCGCCGUCACGGAUCCUCAACGUGUGAACCUGGACCCUCCUCACACCCAGGCAGCUUAAACAUGGAGUUUCUGUUAAGAUGUACCACUAUGCAAUUUUCAUGAGGAGUGUUAAGAUCAAAGACUUGGUGUUAUCAAAAGCAGCUCCAGUGAUUAAUGAUGUGCACACACACUUUCUGUUAACACAACAAACCGCAAAGCGCUUGGUUCAGAAUUGCCAGAACAUGCUGCAAGGAGUGACCUAGUUUUUCACAGGAGCAGGUUCAUUACUAUGCCAGCUGGCAUCACAUUAGGAGAUUGACUUUGGGCGGCAAAGGCAGGCUUGCAGGCAACAGCCCUACUCAGAAAUACACAAGGUAGGAGGGAAAACGGUGGCAAGCAGGAUGGAUAAUUAAAACCCAAACCAGUUUUAUUUAGCAACACCCUCUAAGUAGGCCACUGAAAGACAGGGGGUAGUCUGGCUGACUUCUGAGCUUCUUGGGGGGUUUUGGGAGUAAGACCUCAAAUGGCAUCACCAGAAAGCACAGCUUCAAAGGGGCUGGUCUGAACUUCCAAAGUUGUUUUAGAAGCUGGAGGAAGCCAGUGUCAUUGAACUCUAAAAUAAAUCAGGCACAUGCAGUGUCUUGGGCCUUUAAGGCUGGGAAACUGGAUCGUUCCAAAAUUGGAGAGCUGAUGCAGGAGCAAGAGAGGACUGAACUCCAGGAGACAGCCCUGACAGCAGUGCACCCGUCUGGUGUGGAGAGGAGUGCAUGGAUACAGCCAGGCACCCACCAGUACUCUCCAGAAGAUCUAAGAUACUUACAUAACUUGUAUAGCUGUUAGGGUGACUGUAAAUAUUGUACAUGGAUUUUACCUAAAGCAAUUUGUGAUCCUUUAAUGAAAAGGAUAUGCUUAUACUUUUAAUAAAUGUUAACUCUUUGCAUAUGCAAGGUGGAAAAUAUUGCCUUGAAAUUCCGAAAUUAUCGCCUGUAUAUUGGUAAUGCUAAUGCUAGGAACAACCACAAGCGAAUGUUACUUAGAUAUUCUUCUUAAAGAGAAAUGUAAUGUAGAAUGUAAGCCAUCUGUCAUUUUUAAGAUAGGCCGUUUCAAGUGUCAUUGUUCUGAAGCUGAUUUUUUUAGACUGCUGCACAUUUAACUUUUGCUGAGGUACAUGUGUUUUAAGAAACCAUUUUUUUAGCCUUUGUUCAUCGAGACUUUACAAUUUCUAUUUCGAUAACUUAUGCAACAUAAUUAGUCUACUGCUUGUUUAAUGGAUUUACUAAUUAUUUUGGAAAAAGAAAUCCUCAGACUUGAACAGUAAUCAGAUAUUCAGUCAUCUGUAAUAAAACAUGUAUUACAGUCGCCUGUAAUAAAACUUUUACACAGGAGGAUUUUUUCUUAACCUUCUUACUAGCUGAAGUCUAAGGCAAAUUUAAUGAACUUCAGGGAUUCUGCUAAAAAGUAUGCAUUACUGAUAAUUCCCAUAAGAGCAAUUUUUGAGCUGUUGGCAUGUGAAUUGCACUUGCAAUACAUGCAGACAGCAUCUUCUCACUGCAUUAUGUGAGAAUUUAAUGGUGCCAUCCCUGUUCACCAUAGUGGGACUGAACACAACCACCGGAAUAGGGAGCACCUGCAGAAAGCUGCAUUUGGCUGGGACAAGGGAUGGCUCGUCCCACACUCAUCCUUGGAGAAACUGCAGUAAUCCCAGUGCUUGCCAAAAUAAUUUUUCAGGAAAUUCAUUUUUCAGGAAAUUCUUUUGAAGCAUUCAAACUGUGCUGAAAGAAGUUUUGCAUGUUAGAUGUUUCUAAGAAUUCAAUCUGCUUGUUUAAUCUCUUUAUAAUGUUUUUAACAAUUUUGUUCAAACAGUUUAAGUUCAUUUCAAUCCUGGACUUUAUUAACAGCAAGGGAAAAAAGUAAAAAGGAAAUUGUCUAUUAUCUCCUCUUAUUUGACUGUGUUUCUUAAAAAAAAUUACCCAGGUUUAAACAAAUUGGUAAUAUAAUAAGCUUGUAUUUUAUCAAAUGGACUGGAUUUAAUUUAAUAAAUUAAAAUGUAUUUUGGCUAUUGGUU